AUGGGAGCACCACUACCGACCAACACCGACACGGGACAUAAUCAUAUAGUCAAGGAUGUCUCAAGCAACACCGAUCACGAUGGUGGACUCGACGAGGCUGUCCAAUUCGAACGCAACCUGGGCUUUCUCGAGGCAUGCCGGCUCUAUCCCGCCGCCAUGGGCUGGUCAAUCUUUGUCUCGCUCGGGGUGAUCAUGCUGGCCUUCGACCCCCAGCUGCUGGGGAACCUCUACGCUAUGCCGCAGUUCCAAUCCGACUUUGGCUACCUCUUCGAAGGGCAAUACAUCAUCGCCGCGUCCUGGCAAACCGGCCUGUCGAUGGGCAACCCCGUGGGCCAGGUCGUGGGCGCGCUCGUGGCCGGGUACCCCAUGGAGCGGUACGGCCGCAAGUGGACGUUUGGCGCCUGCGUCGCGCUGACCACGGGACUGAUCUUCAUCCAGUUCUUUGCGCGGUCGCUCCCCGUGCUUCUUGCGGGUGAGCUGCUUGGCGGGUUGGUUCUGGGCUGCUACGCCGUGAUUGCCCCGGCGUACUCGUCCGAGGUCUGUCCCAUGGCUAUCAGGGGGGUUCUGACUAGCUAUGUCAACCUCUGCUUCGUCAUGGGCCAGCUUCUUGCGAAUGGGGUUUGUGCGGGGACCAGCAAGCUGCAUGAUCACUGGGCGUACUCGAUCCCAUUUGCGCUGCAAUGGUUCUGGUCUCUGAUCAUCCUGCCGGGUCUGCUGUUUGUGCCUGAGAGUCCGUGGUGGCUGGUCCGCAAGGGGCGGUUGGCCGAGGCGGAGCACGUGUUGCGGCGGUUGGCGUCCGGGAAGGUCAAUGUCCGGCGGACCCUGGCUGCGAUUGUCGAGACGGACCGCCUGGAGAGGGAGCUGGAAAUGGGCAGCACGUACUGGGAUUGCUUCAGGGGCGUCAACCUCCGCCGGACCGAGAUUUCCGUGGGAGUGUACUGCACGCAGGUGCUGAGCGGGAUUUACCUGAUCAACUACGGCACCUACUUCUUUCAGCUGGCGGGACUUUCUAAAGAGGAUGCCUUCUCUAUGGGCAUCGGCUUCCUUGCCGUUGGCUUCCUCGGAACCAUUCUAUCAUGGCCCCUGAUUGUCCGUUACGGCCGCCGCACCAUCUACAACUCAGGCCUCUUUUUCCUCAUCGUCCUGCAAAUAAUAAUCGGCAUCCUCGACUGCAUCCCUGGACGGCCGUCGGGCGUUGCCUGGGCCGAGUCUUCGCUCAUGCUUGUCUGGAACUUCUUCUACGACAUCUCCAUCGGGCCCAUAUGCUUCGUCAUCAUAUCCGAGGCGAGCGCCACGCGCGUCCGGUCGAAGAGCAUCGCCUUUGCUACAGCUGCACAAGGCGCUCUGGGGUGCAUCAUGACCGUCGCAAUCCCGUACAUGAUCAACCCGGAUGAGGCCAAUAUGCAGGGAAAGUUGGGCUUCUUCUUUGGCGGACUUGCCGCUUUGUGCUUUGUAUGGGCCUUCUUCAGGGUGCCUGAGACCAAGGGGCGAACGUACGAGGAGCUGGACAUUCUCUUUGAGAGAAAGGUGCCCACAAGACAGUUUGAGAGCUAUGUUAUUGAGACACACGGGCUGUAA